AUGGUCAAGAAGGGCUUCCAUGGAUUUAGCUCUUGGCAGCACUUGUUGUCACAGUCUGUCUGGGCCGUUCCAAGACUUUCUCCCAAACCUUCCCUCUGUUUCUCUCGGCCUUACCAUCCCUUCUCUCGGCUUCUGCCAUACUUUCCUUACAAGAUUUGUCGAUCUUCCCGGCCUUUCCUACAAUACUACCGCUCCAACCCCAAGAACAAUCCCUACACAUCGCAGUCGUCACUUCCGUCGUAUCCCGCAGACUACUACAACUACUGCACACUGAGAAAUACUGAUUCCCACCCCCAUUUCAAGCUCAAAACAGCGACUACCCUAAUUCCUAUCACUUUACUGGCUCAUCGCUCAGUUCAGGUACCUCCCUCGUCAUCAUACGCCCUCACCUGCAAGCCCCUGCUUCAUUUGAGAAGCUGGCAUCUUGUCAAUAUGCCGGCUUCUUGUUGCUACUAG